AUGGCGUCCUGUGGGAGCUGCGCUAAUGAGAGAAGAGCUCUCAGCUCCUGCCCAGCCAAGAAGGGUCCGGUGGCACCCCGCCCUGCCCCGCAGAUGGUGCUCAGCCUGGCCAUGGACUCGAGAGAGGAUGGGGACAGCUGGAUGGAGGAACAGUGGGAGAAAUGGUUAACCCACGAUAUCAGUCUGAAUGAAUACGAGGAUGACGACCUGUCAGAAGUGACAGAAAUCACAGAUGAGAACGGAAUCACUCUCAGCCAGCUCGACCUCAAUUCUAAAGAUCACAUGAAUCAGCCGACCAAUGGCACGCCGAGGAGCGGCCAGAGGAGGGGGGUGCUGGAGCUGCAGACGGAGAUGCUCCACUUGGACCUGAUUGAUGCAGAGGGAGGAAUCUUGGAGGAAGAGGAGAACGAGAGGCGGCCGGUUGAUGCCGUCGAUGACAACCACAAGGAAGAGCAGGGUGCAGGGCCGCCUGUCACUCAGCCUCAGCUAAAGGAUUUCAUCCCUGACAUCACCAUGGAUACAUACCGGCCCAAGAGACCCACCACCCUGAAUCUUUUCCCCCAAGUGCCAAGGACUCAGGACACAAUAAAUAACAAUUCCUUUGGUGAGAAAGAACGGAGGAAAGAAAAGAAAACCCACUCUUCAUCACCACACAUUAAGGGAGAUCCGGCAGCCAAACCCGAGCAGGUUAGCCUGACCGAUGGGGACAAAGUUCAGGCCAAGGCGGACACCAAACCACGGGGCCCUGCCUCCUCCACGAACAAAGCCUCUGCCUUUCACACCAAGAAGAAGGACAAGUUAACGGAGUCUUUGAACAACCCCAAUCUGGUGGCACCCCUCACGCAGAAGGUCAUGAGGGAAAAAUCCACGGAAGUGACCCUGAUAGAGGGUGUCCUUGAUAUCCCAACCAUUUGUAAGGAAAAAGCCCGGUAUCACACCUUCAUUGGCUAUCGGGACCAAGAGCAGUAUCCGGCGGAGAAUGAUGGUACGUGUGACCAGCUGGUCGACAAAAACAAGGACUAUCACAUUUCAGAAGGAAAUGCAACAGAGGAGAUCCACCUCACGCCAGUCAACGGUGAACAAGAGCGUCCAUAUCUGUCCCAGAGCAGCGACAGCAACCGCAUGUCCAUUAGUUCGGACACGGAGCUUCCUCCCCCUCACUACUACCCAUCGGCGGGUUGUCCGAACCCCUCCAUUAGCGAGGAGGAUGAGGUAUACCCACCCACGCCCCCAUGUCGGACUGUCAGCCUCAGCGACGCAGGGGACGCAAGUAAGUGGGCUGAAACCCGCAAGCCUAAAGUGGCGAAGGAGGACACAGGGAACUUAAAGGCAGUGGCGGUCAGCACGGAUGCUUCAGGACUGACAUAUGACUCUGUUAAGUACACCCUAGUGGUGGAUGAACAUGCUAAGCUCGAGCUAGUGAGUAUCAAGGACUGCUACAAAGGUUAUGAAAGUGACAGUGACAAUACCGUCUACGAGUCUGCUAUUGACGAGGACGACGAGGAUCAAGAAGUGGAUGAAGAGGAGGAAGAGUCUGGAGGAAGGGACAUGAGGAGAGACACUUCCUGUUUGUCUGCAGACUCCACCACAGACACCACCUCAGACAUGCCCCGUUCCCGCAAAUUCAUGAACGUCUUCGUGAAGGGACGGUCACGUUUUUCUGGUGCUGAGUUUGGAUUCUUCUCCUGUGUUAUUAAUGGAGAGGAAAGAGAACAGAGCCACAGAGCAGUGUUCAGGUUUGUUCCUCGCCAUGAUGAUGAGCUGGAGAUGGAGGCGGACGACCCCUUAUUGGUUGAGGCGCAGGCCGAGGAUCUAUGGUGCGAGGCCUACAACAUGCGGACUGGAUCCAGAGGCAUCUUCCCUGCGUUUUAUGCUGUCAAGGUGACAAAGGAUGAACUUGUUAAAGAGGUCAAAAGUGACUGGAUGGACAAAUUCUGGGUAAAAUUCCUUGGUUCUGUUCAAGUGCCGUAUCACAAAGGGAAUGAUGUGCUUUGUGCCGCCAUGCAAAAGAUAGCAUCAAACAGACGAACAACAAUGCAGUUUAGCCCCCCUUCACCUUGCAUUCUGGAAAUCAACACAAAAGGAGUGAAAAUCAUUGUUCAAGAUGACUGUCAGACUUCUGGAAGGGGUGAGAAGUGCUUUCACUUUUUUCAGUUGAAAAACAUCUCCUUCUGUGGGUGCCAUCCGAGGAACAAGAAGUAUUUUGGAAUAAUAACGAAACAUCCAGCAUGCCAGAAAUUUGCCUGUCAUGUGUUCUUCUCAGAUGAUACAACCACGAAACUGGCUGAAUCUAUAGGGAAAGCUUUUCAGCAAUUCUACAAAGAACAUAUGGAAUAUUCCUGUCCGACAGAAGACAUCUUCCUUGAAUGAUCUUCAGUCUAUUCAUAUUUUUCCAUUAUCACAUACUAUAUGAGGUGUCGCAUGAUGGUGGUUUUGAGCCUCUUUGUAACGUGUUAUGUUGAUGAUAUAAUGUUGAUGUCUAUUUUAGACAAAUGUUAAAAUCGAAAAACUGAAAACAAAUACUUUCACAUUGUACAACUCGAGUAUUACUGACUGGUGUAAAGCCUUACUAAGUUUAAUAACAAAACGAACAAAAAAUGUUUGAUGUGACUUUUAAAAAUCAUUUGUGCGAAGUUUGGUUUUGAAUUAUUUCGAAGCACAAUGUUUGAUGCAUUAAUGAUGGAUGAAACAACAUAAGACGGAAAGGAGAUCUUAAAACAGCUGUAAGUUUUUUUUUACCUUGAAAUAUCAGUUUCAAAAUCUUCCAGAUGGCUCACUUAAUCUGAGGCAAAUGGUUUCUGUUUUUUUCCCGCGCUCCUCACAAACGCGGAUACGAAAUACCGCUAAAUGGGCGGAUUGCUUUAUUGCAGCAACAAAUGCGCGCGUACCGGUGUUGACUGUAAUUACGACAGCGAAUCUCGCUCUUUUACCAGUAGGGGGCUGCAAAGUCGCAAAAACAUUCAUAACAGUUACUUUAAAGCUAGACUGGAUAAAAUAUCAAAGUUUAUCUGAAACCAAAGCUUUACUAGGCCAAGUCCUUCUUCACUCAGAAUGGAAGUGAACCAUGUAAUUGAAUUCAGCCCAGUCUGUCCAUCUGUCCCACUUUGCGAAACCCCAGGUUAAAAACCACUCUCCAACAUUUCUCACAUCAUUUUGAAAGGAUGGUAAGCACCACUUUGAAACCUAAGGUUAUGAAAGCGUGAUCCAGAGCAUUGCUGUGCCACAAUUUCAAGUGUUGUAUGUUAAAUAGGGUAGUCUAAUUGCUGCUGUUUAUCUUCAGUCAGUUGCGCACUACAAAGUCUCACAAAUACAAUAUGGCAUCCAUGCUCCGUUUGGUUCUCAAAUUUAAUGUUUAUGUGUGCUUAUAUUCCCGUAUGCUGCUCUGUCAAACAGAGAGUAGUCUGGGUUUGUUAGCAUUCACCUUCAAUCUCAGUAUCCCUGACGUAUGUAGCUGUGAAAACCAAAUAAUUUUCUUUUCUUUUUACAUAUUAUAUAAGAUAUCUUAUUUAUAAUUAUACUGAAAUGGAAAAAUCAUAAAAUAUAUUACUCUGGCACUUGAAAAUAUAUACAGAUAGGACACUAUGGUGCUGAGGAAUACAGCUGUCUGGUUAUAAAAAAAAGUUGUGCUUUCUCAAUUUAAAAAAAAAAAAAAAAAGAAAAGAAAAAGGUUUUAAAGCCUAGGCCUAAAAUUUACCCAUCUUCACCAGUCCUUUCAAAAUGGCACAUCCUCACAGCAUGUGCUUACCUAAUAUGCAAUAUUCACUAAACAAGUUUUCAUCGUUUUCAUUGAAUAGAUCAACAGGCCAUAUGGUUUUAGUUUAAUGAUGUUUUGCUUGGUAAGGCCAUUUUGUAAGGUGGUAUUCAGUUAAUAGGACCAUUUGUGUGUGCAAAAAAUAUGUGCGAACCGAUCCUACAAAAUCACAAGUUGUGCCUAUUUCAUGUAUCACUGUACAUUAUUUAUUUAUUUUUUAUUUUUUUGAAUGAUCAUAUGUCUUCUGUGGAACCCAUAAAGUUAAACCCUAUUUGUAAAUAUAUUGUCCUGGUGUGUAAUUAUUAAAAGUGAGUGUGUGUGUGUG